UGUUGUUGUCCGACGCGGUUGGCUCGUUUCCAGUUUGUCUCCGUAGAUUCCGCCGUAUAUUCCCGUUUAAAAUCUCUAUCUUUUAGUUUUAAGUUUUUAUUCCGGAUUGCCCCGAUGCCCGCCGUGGCCCGUGCCGCUGGUGUCAAUGGCCCGUCUGCUGACGCUGCUCGGCAGCAGCAGAGCAAUGGACGCAGCGUAUCCGCGUCCUCCCGGCCGCGUUUUGGCCCGGACCCGCAGCGCGAUGGCCGCGCGGUGGUUGAGACAGGGGAGUCGUUGGCCUGGACGCCGUCUGCGUCGUCAGCGCUGUCGGCCAGCAGGAUCGCUGAACUGCGGCGCUCGCUGUUCAUUCCCUGUCUGCCCGACGAGAUCGAGCUGAACGAGCUGGUCGCGCGUCUCACGCUGCUCGGGAAUAUUCAGGAGAUUAUUAUCAAGAGGAAUCAGCGGCCGUGUCAGCAGAUGCGCUUGUUGAUGGAGCGGUCGCAGUUGAGUGCGGAGGAGCGCGAUGCCCGGGAGAACGUGCGCCGCCAGCUGGAAGCCACGUUCCGGCGCAUUUUCCGCCGGUGCACGGUGCGAUUAUAUGGAUCCUCCGUCAACACCUUCGGCGUCCGCGGAUCCGACAUCGACAGCUUCCUCGAUCUGCACUUGGACGAGAUAACGGCCCCGCCCGCUGACUGUAAGCCCCGCGAGCAGCCGAUGAGCUAUUAUUUUUCCAACGUGACGCAGCUGUUCCAGUGCCCGUACGAGCCGUGGGAGCUGGCUGGGGAGUCGCCGAAAGACAUCCUGCGCUUGAUGGAGAAGCUGCUGCGCUACCUGGCCAAGAGCGAGAACUACGAGGACGUGCUGGCCAUUCCCGCGGCCCGCACGCCCAUCCUCAAGCUGCGCCAUCCCGCCGCGCACCUCAGCGUCGACGUCUCCUUCACCAGCAAGUUAGUGUUCGAGAACACGGGCCUGUUGAUUUUGUACAGCCACCUGGAGCCCCGACUGCGUCCGCUGGUGUUGACGCUGCGGCAGUGGGCGGACGCCAAGGAGCUGACGGGCAGCGAGGACUGACCAAGUACGCCCUGACGCUGCUCCUCGUCU